AUUCCCAUCCUUUUCCUCCAUUUGUCAUGUCCCUCUCCAAAAACCCCUAAAACGCCGCCCUGAAACCCCGAAAAUUCUUGCAGUCUGAUCUCGAUUUGAAGCCCCGAUCUCUACGAUCGCCCUUUAAAUGGGCUGAUUUGAGUUAAUUUUUCGAUUAAUUGAAGAGAUCGAGAAGUUCUCUCCUCAAAAUAGUUUUUUACCUUGUUUUUCUUUAGGCGUUGGAUUAGGGUUUCUGAGAGCAUCGACGAUGCCUUCGGUGCUCAGGGAGUUCCUCCGCCGCUCAAUGAUGAUCCCCUCCACGACGUCCUUCCAUGGCGGAUCUUGCUCUCAUCGCCUGAAACAGCUGGAGAAAUGGAAUCGGCGUGGUAAUUUGAGUUGACGCUAGAUUUUUAAGGAUGUCGAUCGUGUCGUUUUAGGGUUUCUUCUUCUUCUUCUCCUUCUCCUCCUCUUUCUUUGUCUUUCUUGGAUCUGAACGAGACGAAGCGACUUGGCAUUGAGAGAUCCGAAACUUUCAUCUUUGUUGCCGUUCCUGAAUUGGAGCAACAUCAAGAAAUUUAAGAUCGAGGUAUUGGAGGUUGGAAUCAGCUUCUGUUGUGUCAGAUCCUGUUAUUGGAAUCAACUUGAGUUGUGUCGGAUCCUGUUCUUGCAAGGACAGCAUUGUGAUCUCUUGAGAUUGUGUAAUUACCACACGAGUUUUUGUUUCUUCAGCCCCCAGUACUAGUAAUGGAUGAUUCCAAACCUUAUGCAAACUCAGUUUCUGAAGAUGCUGGCAUUGAGUUCUAUGUAAAUAGUCCCCAUGUUGAGACAGAGAAAUCAGACCUACAACAUGAGGAAUGUGCUUGUACUAAUGCUGGAGAGACUGCUAAAGUAAUGUCUGGAAAAGACGCAGAUGAUGAUUCUGUUAUUAGGAAAGACAGUUCAAAUGUAGAGGAACUUGGAACUGCUGUUGAUCGAAUCCUACAUAUUCAAGAUGCUCAGGAAGGGGUAUCUGGUCACGUCCCAACUUCAGAAAAAGACGAGCUAAACCAUCAAGAAAAGGAAAACAUGUCCCAAGAGUUGAAAACCAAUCAUGCUAGCGCUUCGACUGCAACGAUCCAGAAGAGCUUGAGCAAGUGGGCAACAUUUCCAUCUUCAGAAAAGACACUGCUGUCUCCCGUUUCCAUGGAUGAGGGGGCCGAGUCAAUUUGCAUAGAACCGCCUGGUCAAAGCUCUCUGAAAUCUCAGAACCCUGUCUGUACUCGCUCGAUGUCUCUGCCUACUUCUUUAAAGCUCAUUUCUGCCAUGAAAGGUGGCCGUGAACAGCAGGGUACACCCCGGACAGGGAAGAUGAACGUAAAAUGGGCAGCAGAUGUUUAUGACCCUCCAUCCACCUCCAUGUCCCACACAGUGAAGAACCACCACCAGCGUCCCAAGUGCAAGAAGAAAGAUCAAAAACACAAGCACAAAGGCAAAUCUACUCGUGGGAGCAGCAGUGAGAAGAAACAUCAUGCCAAUCGAAGAAGCAUUGCCAAUGCCAACCUUCUGCCUCUAAGGCUGCAGGCACCAGGAAAUAGAUUGCUACAAGCAGUAGAUGGUUUUGAUCAGAUGAGCCAAGAAGUGGAGCCAACUGGUGAUAAAGUACCAGCAUUAGAUGGUUCUGAUAGGCUGAGUGCAGGUGUCAUUGUAUCAAGUGUGGGAAUUAGCAACCAGGACAAGUGUGGGAGGAGCUUCUUUGAGGCAUCAUCACUUGCUAAGGUGCACCUUUCGGCUACAGAGGCGACGUGAAUUGCAUUGCUUUGGAGAUAUUAUCUCCUGAUUUGUGGGGGGUUUAGGUCAUGAGCUUAUGUAUAUAUGUGUGUAAGUAAAUAAAGAAAGUAGCAGUAAUGUGAGGAGAUCAUGUGGACAAGAGUAUAUUUCAUCUGUUGUGACGCAGAGGCGUUGCCAGAGAGCUCUUGGAACCAUCUAUAAUUUUGGGUGAUGAUUUGGUAUUUCAAGAAAGAAUAGUGGGAGUGUUGUUGAUGUUUGUACUGCGUGCAUGUUGUUGAGAAAUAAAAGCCUCGUUUUUUU